AUGCUAGACCUGUCUGAACUCUCAGCAGUCCAAACCUACUUCACUCCUGCCAACACUGACUGUCCCCCCAACUAUGAGAUGCUGAAGGAGGAGCAUGAAGUAGAUGUGCAGUGGGCACCCCCCCAUAACCUGGCUCCCCCAACAUCUACCAUGAUCCACAUCUGCAGUGAGACCUCCAUGCCCGACCAUGUCGUCUGGUCCCAAUUCAAUGCCCUCUUCAUGAACUUCUGCUGCCUGGGCUUCAUAGCAUUCACCUACUCCAUCAAAUCUAGGGACAGGAAGAUGGUUGGUGACCUGACCGGGGCCCAGGCCUAUGCCUCUACCGACAAGUGCCUGAACAUCUGGGCCCUGAUUUUGGGCAUCUUCAUGACCAUUCUGCUUAUCAUCAUCCCAGUAUUGACCUUGUAA